AAAAACGGAAACGCCAUCAGGCUGGCCGGCGUGUUUUUAUUUUUUAUUUUUUAGUCAAAGCGAGCACAUUUCUGCAACGAGUUGAAUGUCGAAAGAAGCACGUGUAUGAAUGAAUGUAGUUGCGUUUCUGUCUGUAAUAGUAGUUGGUGUUCCGACAUUCCCGUUGCCAUGGUUACUCUGUUUACCUGCGAGGAUCCAGCUGCAUGGAGACGUGUGUUGGAGAAGUACUGGGAUUUAGUGGAAGCCAAGACCAAAGGAAAGAAACCUGGAAAGCUGCUAAAGCUCGAGAAAUGGUACCAGGAGGAGCUGCCUGAACUGAUUUCACGUCGAUCUGACAAACACAUCACUCAGCCAGAGUUGGUGAAACUGAUGGAGUGGAAGCUCACUAGAGGGAAGUUCAGGCCAAGGUUGCAGCAGCUGGUGGCAUCCAACAGUGAGGACACUGUGGAGAAAUGUUCCAAAAAGGCCUUCAGCCUCCUACCUGAUGUGCAGGCUGCAAUUGCAGAGCUCAGCUCACUGAAAGGAGUUGGCCCUGCCACUGCCUCAGCUGUGUUAGCGGCAGGAGCUCCAGAACAGACUGCAUUCAUGUCUGAUGAGGCCAUGGAGAGUAUACCAGGACUUAAGCCCAUUCAGUAUACUGCUAAGCACUACGCUCUGUACCUGGGCAAGAUGACUGAGCGGUCUGCAAAACUGAACAAAGUGGAUCCACAGCAGGACUGGACGCCCCACAAGGUGGAGUUGUGUUUGUGGGCAAUAACCGAAGCAACACGACAGCAGCUUAAUCUUUUAAGUGAUUUCAGUGUGAAGAGCACCAGCAUGCGGCACAAGACCUCAGAUCCUGACACUGACCAAAGGCCAGCAAAGAAGCUCAAAACUGUGUAAAAUCAUUCAAUAUUUGCAUGACAGCUAUUCAUAUGUUAGUAUUUCUUAAUAAAAAUAAUAAAGCCUUUA